UUCCCGCUGGUUCCUAGCAUGAAUAGUUGGGGAAUUCUCGUGCGGUGUAUCAAAUUGAAUUUUCUUGCGGCUACAAUCUCCUUUUCUUACCAACGCUUUCGUCCCUGAACACAUAGUCCCAGACUUCAGUCGGCGACCCAACCAUGGAACCUAGAUUCAGGCAGGAGAUUCAACAGAUGAUGUACAUUGCGGGAGAAACACAAGAUGCCUCCAUCCAAACCAUUAAGCUCAUUGAGGACAUCAUCCGAGACCAAGUCGUUCACAUACUAAAGACAGCACACGACCUCGCGGCCCGUCGUGGGUCUCGCAUCAUCUCCAACGCCGAUAUCAUCUUCCAAGUUCGUCACGACAACGCUCGUAUCGAGCGCCUCCGCACUUUCCUCACCUGGAAAGCAAUAAGAAAGGCCGUCAAAGACUCGGACGACAAGGAAGGCUUCGUCGACGAAGCCGAAUUGGACGACGGCGCCGUUCUCAGCUCGGUAGAUGACGCCCCGGCCAGCAGGGCCAAAUUCCCUGCCGUUGCGUUUCCUUGGGACGUAUCGUCCUUGUUCUCCGAGCAAGUGGCCGAGUUCGGCCAGGACGACCUCAUGGACGUCAGCAGCAGCGAAGCCGCUCUUGAGAAACUGCGCAAGAACGACGAGCGGACCCGGGACAUGACGGUCGCCGAGUAUGCCACGUGGUCGGAGUACCGUCACGCGUCGCUGACGUAUCGCAAGGCGAAGCGGUUCAGGGAGUGGUCCGGCUUGGGCGUCAUCGCAGAGAACAAACCCAACGAUGAUGUGAUGGAUAUUCUGGGUUUCUUGACCAGUGAGAUGGUACAGAAUCUCACGGCUGAGGCAUUGAGGGUGCAGGGACAAGAAAUGGGCCACAACGAGAAGGGCGCCUUGACCGGCUCUGGCUCAGAUUUAGUUCAGAAGCCAAGGGGCUUGUUUGCCGAGCCCGAAGGGGUGAGGAAGGCUGUCGACGAGAAGCAUGUUCGGAAGGCGUUUCAACGGUUACAAGCAUUGCCGAAGAAGCGACGAGCUUUGUUGCAUGGUAGGAGACCUGCUUCUUCACUUUCUCUGCUCUAACGGGUGUGCAACAUGGUAACGACUUGUACCGUUACUAGUCAAGACAAUGUUCAGAUCACUGGCAAGACAUGUUGAAGCAUACGAAACCCUGUAGUUAGAUACGUCGUUCGUU